GUGCAGUGGGUGGCUCGCGAGUCGAGGCUGGACGUGGCGGGCGGAGCCUCCAUUUUAGCAGGUGCGAUGCCGAACCCUACGGUGGGUCACGCAGUGACGCUGAUCAAAGUGUGCAAGUAUCUUAAGGCGACUGCCUCACAGAAGAUAACGAUUUGGGCCCUGGACCCCCUGUCCCUGACUUUUGUGACCGCGUCGGACGCUUCGGGCCCCGGGUCGGCGAGUCGUGGGGGCUCCCAAGGAGCCUGGAUCGUCAUGGCCGCGGAUGCCGCCAUCCGCGCCAAUCAGCGGGCCCGAGUUUCUGUUCUGUCCUGGCGUUCCCAGCGUUUGAAACGUGUUAUCAGCUCCACGGUGGCCGCCGAGACCCUCUCCCUAAGCGGGGCCAUUGCGGAGGCGCAAUGGCUUCACGUCCUGUGGAGGGACACCGUUUUCGGCGACGUCAAUCGACCGUCCUGGAACACGAGUGCCUCCCCAUUUUCGGUGGUUAUGUCCGCUGGCUGUAGUUUGCAUGAACAGGCGGCGGCUCUGUGUAUCGUGGACGCCAAGUCGGUCUUCGAUACCCUCUCGAAGAAUGCCGCCGGGCAGGACGCCUGCCCGGAGAGGCCUGGGAGGCCGGACGCCUCCCUGCAGGACGCCUGCUCGGAGAAGCCCGAGAGGCCGGACGCCUCUCUCCCAUGUGGAUUCCCAUACCGGAGUCGAACCCGGUAA